AUGCCUAGUUGGAAUCAAAUUCAGUCACAGUUACGAAAUCCAAACAAUCCUGUUGUAUUUUUUGACGUUAGUGUUGGAACAACGGAAAUCGGUAGAAUGAUUAUGGAAUUAUAUGCCGACGUUGUACCCAAAACUAGUGAAAAUUUUAGAGAGUUUUGUACUGGAGAAUAUAAAAAGGAUGGUGUUCCUAUUGGAUAUAAAGGAGCAAAUUUUCAUAGAGUUAUUAAAGAUUUUAUGAUUCAAGCAGGUGAUUUUGUUAAUGGUGAUGGUACUGGUCUAAUGAGUAUUUAUGGAGGAGGAACUUUUCCAGAUGAAAAUUUUAUAUUAAAACAUGAUGCUCCUGGACUUUUAUCAAUGGCUAAUAGUGGUAAAGAUACUAAUGGAUGUCAAUUUUUCAUCACUUGUGCCAAAUGUAAUUUUUUAGAUGGAAAACAUGUCGUUUUCGGUAGAGUUAUCGAUGGAUUAUUGGUAAUGAGAAAAAUAGAAAAUGUACCUACAGGACCAAAUAAUAAACCCAAAAUACCAGUAACAAUAUCUCAGUGUGGUCAAAUGUGA